AUGUCCCAGGUUGUGCGCCCUCGCUCAGCCUUCCGCCCAGAGGAAGCUCACUCCCCUGCCAUGAUGGCUGCACCCCUGCCCCCGCCCAGCCACGUCACCCACAACCUGCCCAGACCCCUCGUGUCCAGUGCAGGACCAUGUCCCCACAGCGUGUGCAACGCCCGCUGCCCCAUCACCCGCCUGCGCCGAGCCCCCACCAGCCCGUGCCAGCUGCGGAGCCUGACCCUGCCGGUGGCCGAGCUGGGGCUGGGCUACUCCUCAGAGGAGAAGGUGGUCUUCAGUUACUGUACUGGCAGCUGCCUCCACAGCGCCCGCACCCAGCAUGGCCUGACUCUGGCCAGGCUGCAGCGCCAGGGCCGUGCUCAUGGUGGGCCCUGCUGCAGGCCCACCCGUUACGCUGACGUGGCCUUCCUUGAUGACCACCACCGCUGGCAGCGGCUGGUCCAGCUCUCCGCAGCCGCCUGCGGCUGCAGUGACUAG